AUGCUACUCGAAUGGAGUGACAUGGUUGACUUCUUCACAUGCGAACUCCAGUACGGCGCGCUGUUGGACGGGUGCGGGGGGGAGUUGCCAUCGCUAAGCGCGUGCGCGCCGCUCCCCCCGCACCUCGACAAAGCGGCUCGCCGCCUGCAAAAGGAUGCGCGUGCGCAACAAGACAAAGUCACACAAGUUAACAUACAUUUGCAUGCGCUCUUCGCGGCAGUUGAACAUGGCUACCUCGACAAGGCGAGGAACAUAUUGGAGUCGACCGAUGUUGAUGUUAAUAGUCUUAACACAGACGGCUUGUCGCCGCUUGAUGUGGCGGUGUUGGCGUGCAAUCGACAUCUUGCCAAAAUGCUCAUGGAAUUUGGAGCUAAAGAGGGAACUCAGUUCAAAACUCCAGAAGCACUGGGCGCCCAUUUGCGCAAGUUAUCGCGCGAGGCGGAGUCACGUCUGCACGAAGUCACCGGGUACAUUCCAGAGAAGGCUUGCCGAGACGAUGUUUGCAGGUCAGCAGCAAGUCAAGCGGGCACGAUGGGAUGCGCGGGCGGCACUGGCUCCGAGAAAGACAAACAGACGCAACAUUGGGAAAGACGAGUUCGGACACUAAAACGUCUUCUCCAAGGCUGGCAACAGGCGCGAGUCCCCACAGUACUACCGCCGCCAGACUUAGAAGUAUGCGGCGCACAUUCUGUCACCGUGCGAUUGAAGGACCCGAAGACCUUGCAGCCUGCUCCUCGAGAUCCACCUAUUGUUACUAAGUAUAAAGUGGAGUGGUCAUCCAGAGCGGACUUCUCGAACGUGUGCGGGUGUCGUGAAGUGCAGGCGUCGGGUGCUAGUACUCGUGUCCUGAUCGCGGGGCUCACCCGCGGUCGGCGGUACUUCUUCCGCGCUGCGGCCGGCAAUGUGAAGGGCUGGGGGCCCUGCACUGUGUCUGUGCCGAGGAGUGUUGUGCCUAGCAGCUGGCGAGACGUAUCAUCGCGCACGUCGCGAGGCGAGUCGGGAGGCGCGGCGGCCGCGCUGGAGGCGCUGGCGUCGGCCGCCGCCGGCGCGAGGCAGCGCGCCGCACAACCACCUAGGUUACCUAGAAAGAAAACUGCCACCAUACGACAACUGUUCACUGCUGCUAGCAAGUUCCAGAAGAAUUUGAGACGGGGAGUAUAUCUGGCGUGUAUCAUCUACCAUGAAGACAAGGUGCUGGUCACCAGCGAGGAGUUCUUACCAGUCAUAGAAGUGGACGAGACUUACCCCGCCUGUAUCUAUUCUGACUUCCAUUGGCUUAUGAAGGUUUCAUGUUCCUGGGAUGAAGUGAAGGCGCUAAGAUCAGAUAUGGAGAAACAUACUUCAUCAUCAAUACACUUCAGAUUGAAACUACUCACCGCCGCCGCGCAAAUGCAAUCUGCUUUAUGCGUACAGGAUCUAGGCCAGCUGUACCACAAGCCGCUACGAGACGCUCACGGCACAGUGGUGCUCUCCUGCAUCAGCUCGGUGAAGUCAGCCAAGUGCGUGUCGGCCCUCAACUCGCGGUGGGCGCCCGUCGCCAAGCUGCGGCGGCGCGUGCUCAGCGAGGAUAACACCAUGGGAGAGCUGCUCAUGGCGUCUGUGCACGAACAGAUCGCGUACCACCAGGUAUCUCGAUACCAGUUACCUCGUGGCUUGUACUUGGGCUAUUUAAAGCUACAGUCGUCAGUGGAAGUGGUACGAAUUGUAGCUCCGGCGCGGACUCCCAACGUUCCUCCACACACCCGAAUCAGAGAUAAUCCACAUGUUUCUGCAGAGGAAUGGGAGUACCUAAAAUCUCAAUCGGGAAAAAUUACCGAUGAAAGCCAAACUAUAAACAAUUUAGUAUCCAUCAGCACAAAUGAGAAACCUUCAGAAUCUCAAGAGAUGUUCCUCGAACAAAUAGCCACAGCAUCCCGAAGACUGUUCAAAGAUAUGGAGAUACCUAACGAAAACGCGAUCACCCACCGAAUAUAUGAUCUCGAAGUUAUUGAACUUAACCACGACGUUAGUUUCAUCAUGUUGUGCCCUCCCGCCGAACAAGCCUGCUCUGUACCAGGACAGAAGGAAAUACUGCUACAAAAAGGCGACUUACUAAGCUUACCUAUUCAAGCCUUCGAAAUGAUCCACCUACAAACCUAUCAUACGAACAUUCUUAAUAAAUACUCUAAACUUAGUUGUGUCUUAGAACUAGAUGUGGCUUUAGCUGCCCACUCCCAAAGAGAAGCGUUCUCUUGCACAGAACUUCAAACUGCGAAGGAAAGGUUAACAAAAUUAGAAGAUCUUCAAAACAAUCUAAAUUUAGUCUGGAAAGCUGAGCGAUGGCUAAUGGAUUUAAUUGGUUUUGCGCGAGACAAAGAUAAAGCUGGAAGUAGUUCAGGGAUUCUGCUCAAGUUUGUCUUAGAUAAAACGCCGUCCAAAAUAUGUGCAGACGGUACAGACGGUAAUUGUGAGAAGGAUGUCAAUUUGAAAAUAGAUUUGCUUCAAAUACCACCGCGAGAUGGAAAAAUGUCUAAAACAUCUCCCGGCCGCGGGUCGUGGCCAGGGCCUGCCGGGAAUGGAAACCACACAAACUUACAUCCAGAAUUCAGUAAAUCUGAGCAACAACUCAGUAUAGCUCCUCGUCAAACUUCUGUAUCAACAUUGAAUUUGAGUGGGUCCACAUAUCUGCAUUCAGAUGCUAAAUAUGCGAGAAAAGGCAGCGCAGACUCCCAAUUCACUCAAUCCAGUGUGAUGAGCAACAAUUUUAUGAGCAGUAACUCACAAUUCGAUAUUAAAUCUAGUGGAUCUCACGCUAGCAUUAGCAGCCCUAGACUACCGCCUUCACGAAGCGAAGACACGUUAGUGCUGCAAAAUGAGAACAUAGAACCUAAACAGCGACCCCAUAGCAUAAAUGCCAGUGUCUCAACAUCCUCAAGCCCCUUACUAACAGUCAAAAACUAUUACCAAGGAAGUAUGAUGAGUGUAAAAACUAUGAAAAACGCGUCUGAAUCAGCUCAAAGCCUCUCAAGUGAUUCAGAAAGCCAAAGCUGUCCCAUAACAACGACAACUUUCCCAUUGAAAAUCCGUCCGAACAGACAAAACGUUAUAUCAUCUAAAAGCAUGACCAACGUCAAGUCGUCAGAUGUCGAUUUUACUGAUACAGGUCAAGAUAUGUUCUGUAAAGCAUAUUCUGUCAAACGACAGCCAUUGCUGGAAACGCAGGAGGAUUUAGAAUAUAAUAAUAAGGUUCCAAAGACUGAUGAUAAACAAAGUGACAGUGAAGAGCGUAACGUCAAAUUGCCGAUUGAACAACGAAUAGAUCAAGCGGGUAUUUUACAGGUAUUUGCAGCAUAUGAGACUGGACUAGCAUCAGGUACAUCACUAAAACUGCACGUCACUCCGCGCACUUCGGCACGCGAGGUCAUCGACCUCGUUGUCAAACAACUCAACAUGGCUGCCGUUUUAAAAGGGAAAUCCGGUCCAGUCUAUGGUCCAGAAAAACUACAGGAUUUCUGCUUAGUGGCAGUUAUUGGUGCCAGAGAGAGAUGUCUCAGAGACGAUUUCAGACCUUUGCAAUUACAGAAUCCAUGGAGGAAAGGCAGACUAUAUGUUAGGCUUAAACACGACGUGCUCGCAGCCCUACAGCAUUCUGCCAAACAACCAGCUUAUAUU